AUGUCUGACGCUCAGAAGCCUGUUGAGGAGGUCCCUGUGGCCGCUCCUGCCACUGAGACUCCCGCAGAGACUCCCGCGGAGACCCCAGCUGCCACCGAGACGCCCGCGGCAGCUCCCGAGGAUGCUGCCGAGAAGCCCGCUGAGGAGCCCACCGCGACUCCCGCUGCGGAGAACACCGAGGCUGCUGAGCCCGCCAAGGAGGAGAGCAAGGAGGUCAAGCCCGCCAGCGAGGGUCAGCUCGGAUACAAGGCCCCCGGUCUGGUGAAGGGAUUCCGCUUCGCCAAGCGCUUCUUCUACUUCAGCGAGGAGGCCAUCGAGGGUAAGCAGCUCUCGGUCUACCACCAGAACGAGAAGCCCGCUGUCGCCAACCCCAUCGCCGCGUGGGCCAGCCAGACCGGCAAGGGUUUGCUGCUGUUCACCAAGCGCGCUGAGGACAAGGCCACUCCGGCUGGCAUCUUCAACCUGGCCGAUGCCUCAGAUGUCACCAAGGAGGGCUCGAAUGAGUUCCUGUUCAAGGUUGGUGGUCAGAAGCACACCUUCCAGGCCUCCAGCGCCGCUGAGCGUGACAGCUGGGUCGCCGCUCUCGAGUCUAAGGCCGCCGAGGCCAAGGCUGAGAAGGAGACCAUCACCUCCAGCGAGGGUUACAAGGCCGAGCUUGAGAAGCUGACCAAGCCUGCCAGCGCCGUCGCUGCGGCCAAGAAGCCCGCUGAGAAGCCGGCCGAGACCAAGGAGGAGACCCCCGCUGAGGAGGACAAGGCCAAGGAGGCCAAGCCCGAGGAGGAAAAGGCUGACAAGGCCGAGAAGCCUAAGGAGGACAAGUCCACCGCCAAGAGCCGCUCCCAGUCUCGCAAGCGCACCAGCAUCUUCGGCAGCCUGCUGGGCAAGAAGGACGCUGAGGAGAAGAAGGAGGAGAAGCCCGAGGACAAGAAGGAAGAGAAACCCGAGGAGAAGAAGGAGGAGGCUGCUGAGGAGGCCAAGGCCGCCGAGCCUGCCACCGAGACUCCUGCUGAGCCCGCCGCCGCCGAGACCACUGAGGCUGCUGCUGCUGCUGCUCCUGCUGAGGCCACCGACAAGGAGGACAAGAAGGAAGAGAAGAAGGAGGAGAAGGAAGAAGAGAAGAAGGAAGAAAAGAAGGAGGAGAAGAAGAACAAGCGUGCUUCUAUCUUCGGCAACUUCUUCCAGAAGGUCACCAGCCCCUCUCAGGAGAAAUCCGAGAAGGAGGCCACCGCCCCCGCUGAGGAGACCACUGUUGCCAGCACCGCUCCCCAGCUGGACAACCCCGUUGAGGAGGCUGCUGUCAAGCCCAUUGAGCCUGAGAGCGUGACCGCCCCCGCUGAGGCCGAGGCCUCCAAGGACAACGCUGCGGCUCCUGAGACUCCCGCUACCGAGACCGCCACCACCCCCAAGGACAGGCGUCGCACCUCGUUCUUCGGCACUCUCGGUAUCAAGAAGGAGAAGAAGACCGAGUCCUCUGACAACGAGGCCACCGAAAGUGAGAACAAGGAUGCCAAGGAGACCAAGGCCAAGUCCAACAAGCUCGGCGGUCUUUUCCGCAAGCCCAGCAAGGCCGUGAAGCUUGACAAGGAGGAGGUCGCUGCUGCCGAGUCCGAGGCCAAGGCCGACAAGGCCGAGGAGACCAAGGAGACCACCGAGAACAAGGAGGCCCCCGCCCAGGAGGCCGCUAAGACUGAGGAGACCCCUGCCGCUGAGGAGGCUGCCAAGCCCGUCGAGGCCCCUGCCACCGAGGAGGCCAAGAACGUCAACGUCGCCGCCUCGACCCCUGUCCAGGCCGCCGCGUGA